GGAGUAAGUAUUAAAUUAGCCAUUAAUUGUCCAAAUAAAUAUAUUUCCACUGGAAAAAGACAAAAAAGAAAAAUAUCCUUCUUGUUUCCUCUAUUUUUCCCCUUCUAGAUUUUCAAUCAUCACAAAAAAUCUGUUGAAAAAAUCCACAAAAAAACUGUGAAACAUCAAUAAUCUUGCAAAAGGGUUAAAGAAAAAUUCAAUUUUUAGUUGAAAAAAGGGAAAAAGGAGAUGGCUUUAAUGCGCCUGCUCACCCAGGUUGAAAGGCAGCAAUCUCAACUGAGGCAGCUUGGUUCUUUGUUCAAUCGUACAUAUCUUUCCUCCGGACGGAUCAUAGGAAGUGAAGUGCAUGGAGCUGCAAAUAUCAAGCGAAGGUUUCAGUCUAGUUAUGUGGGAAGUCUAGCCCGCAGAGUACGUGAAAGAGAGGAUACUAGUAAUGCUGCAUUUUAUAGAAGUGAUCCAGAAGCAGUCAUAAGGUCGUUUGAGAGCCAACCUUCAUUGCAUUCCAAUCCAGCAGCAGUGUCGGAGUAUGUUAAAGCACUGGUAAAGACUGACAGACUUGAUGAAAGUGAGCUGCUCCGGACUUUGCAGAGAGGGAUUGCUGGUUCUGCUACAUCCCAUAUGGAGGAAGAGAAUAUAGGGGCUCUGUCAGCUCUUAGAAAUGUUGGGAAAUCAACAAAAGAUGGUGCUCUUGGUACUCGUAAUGCUCCUAUACAUAUGGUGGCCGUUGAAGGAGGUAACUUCAAAGAACAAUUGUGGCGUACAUUCCGGUCUCUAGCUGUGGCCUUUCUCUUGAUUUCUGGAGUUGGUGCUCUCAUUGAAGAUAGAGGAAUUAGCAAAGGACUUGGUCUAAAUGAGGAAGUGCAACCGAGCAUGGAAACCAGUACAAGAUUUGCUGAUGUGAAGGGUGUUGAUGAGGCAAAAUCUGAGCUGGAAGAAAUUGUUCACUAUCUCCGAGAUCCCAAGCGUUUCACUCGCCUUGGUGGCAAGCUCCCAAAAGGAGUAUUACUUGUCGGCCCCCCUGGUACUGGUAAAACCAUGUUGGCGAGGGCCAUAGCUGGAGAAGCUGGGGUUCCCUUUUUCUCAUGCAGUGGCAGUGAGUUUGAAGAAAUGUUUGUCGGUGUCGGAGCUCGGAGAGUGAGAGACCUAUUUGCUGCUGCUAAGAAGCGAUCACCAUGCAUUAUAUUCAUUGAUGAGAUUGAUGCCAUUGGAGGAAGCCGUAACCCAAAGGACCAGCAAUAUAUGAGGAUGACUUUAAAUCAGUUGCUCGUCGAGCUGGAUGGUUUCAAACAAAAUGAUGGAAUCAUUGUGAUUGCCGCCACUAAUUUCGCCGAGUCACUGGAUAAGGCAUUGGUGAGACCUGGAAGAUUCGAUCGCAACAUUGUUGUCCCAAAUCCUGAUGUCGAAGGGCGGAAGCAGAUAUUGGAAUCUCACAUGUCAAAGAUUCUGAAAGGGGAUGAUGUGGACCUUACGAUCAUUGCUCGGGGGACUCCUGGAUUUUCUGGUGCGGACCUUGCAAACUUGGUGAAUAUUGCUGCUGUUAAGGCUGCAAUGGAUGGCGCCAAAGCCGUAAGCUUGGCUGAUCUAGAGCAUGCUAAGGACAAGAUCAUGAUGGGAAGUGAACGCAAAUCAGCUUAUAUAUCCCCCGAGUCGAGAAAACUCACAGCCUACCAUGAAGGUGGCCAUGCACUUGUAGCUAUUCAUACAGAUGGGGCUCUUCCUGUGCACAAAGCAACUAUUGUUCCACGAGGAAUGGCUCUUGGUAUGGUUGCUCAAUUGCCUGAAAAGGAUGAGACUAGCAUCUCCCGUAAGCAGAUGCUUGCUCGACUUGAUGUUGCCAUGGGUGGGCGAGUUGCUGAAGAGCUCAUUUUCGGGGAAAGUGAAGUAACUUCUGGUCCAUCUGAUGAUCUCAAGAAAGCAACCAAGCUAGCCAGAACCAUGGUCACCAAGUUUGGUAUGAGCAAGGAAGUAGGUCUCGUUUCUCACAACUACGACGAUGAUGGGAAGAGCAUGAGCACCGAGACUAGGCUUUUAAUCGAGAAGGAAGUAAAAGAAUUACUCGAAAAGGCUUACAACAACGCGAAAACAAUUCUCACUACCCACAAUAAAGAGCUUCAUGCUCUUGCUAAUGCAUUACUCGAGAAGGAAACACUGACCGGAGCACAGAUCAAGGCCUUGCUUGCGCAGCUCAAAUCUCAACAGGCACAGCAGAAGCAACAUCAAUCAGUAUCCGUUGAAAGUACAUCGCAGUCCAAUCCAAGACCUCCCCAGAGCCCAAGUGCAGCUGCAGCCGCGGCUGCUGCUGCAGCAGCCGCUGCAGCUUCUGCCGCUGCCAAAACCAAAGGCAUUGCUCCAGUAGGAUCUUGACACACAAACCGUUGGCAAACUCUUUAUCAGGUCAGUGUGCAUAUAGUCUUAUUAUUUUCAUGCAAGCCUUCCACCCUUUUGAGGAUCAUUGUCGAGCUGCUGUUAACGAAGGUGAGGUUGAGGUCAACAGGUUUUGUAACAGAUUAACCGCUGUUUCAUCAUGUUUUUUUCAAGUGUAUCGUUCAUAUUCAACUCUCGAUGGACCUAUUAAUUCUCGAGUUAUCGUGUAACAUAGCUGACAUCUCCUUUCCAAGUCAGAUUUUAGCUUUUUCUAUGGACAUUUAGUCCCACUGGAAUAAUGUAUAUUUUUACAUUGCUAGAA